CUCCCUCUGCAGCCAGGAAACUGGCUGGGGAGUGGCACUCGCAGCUGCAGCAAAUCUCAAAAUAAGGAGGCGACCGCCUUUCUCCUGCUCUCCAUCUCCCCCACAGCACACCUUUCUUUUCUUUUCCUCUUCUUCUUUUGUUUUAAAGCCUCAUGGAAGGUUUCACGUGUAGAUCAACUUUCAAAAUGUAGCAAGUCAGAAUGGGUGACAUCAUCAGAAAAUUAUGUGGAGCUGAUCUCGACCAGAAGUGAAGAACCAGAGCAAGAAAGCGGUUGUAAUUCCUGAGCCAGGGAGUUGGCAGCAUCUGGGCUUCCGAGGAGCCAACGCCUCCGAGUUGUCUUGACGUGAGGCUCUGCUGUACUACUGUUCCUCUGGCUGCAGGACCUGAACACUGUGACCACUAAUUUGCCACAUUUAUUUCUGGAGUAGUUGUGGGAGAGAGAUGAGCUCCAAAGAGAAGAGGACUCGCUGUGGUUCAGUUGAACCAAGACUCUGAGGCUGAUAUGCAAUGUCACUUACAACAUUAAUCAGAUACUGCAUUUAAGUGCUGGUAUCAGUGGUUUGAUUUUCAGCAAAUGUGACAGUGGCCUUUGCAGUGGUCAGCUCCGAGCUUUGAACUCUCAGAGGAGGAAUGGGAACAAAUUCAAUACACCACCUCCUUGGCUGCAGCCUCAGAGAAACCUUGGAUGAGAAACUUCUUUUUUCAAUCCUGUUUUCCUGUUGAUAAAUUCAGUUCUCGUGAUCACAGUACAUUCAAGCUGCGUAUGAUUUUUUGUGUGUGUGACAAUUGCAUCUAAAACUUGUGAGCAAGAAGACGGAGAAAUCAGUUGGUCUCCAUCGCUUUACAUAAAAAUGGCUGAGUGUCUUGUGAUGCUAGCCCUGCAUUAAGUGAGACACACAGGCUUUGGAAUCAAUUGAACCUGAGUUUGAGUCCCAGCUCUGGCAUAAUCCAGCUCUGUGACCUGGAACAGGUUCGGUGACCUUUCAGAGCCUCCAUUUCUGUAGCUGUGAAAUGAGGGAAUGUUUUCUACAUUCACAUCCCCACGUAUGAAGAUUAUACAAGGCCACAUAUGUAAAUCACUUUGUGCAACGCUUGACUUACAAUCUUGAUGUGGAGGAGAUGGAGGACAAAGAACCAAGGAUUUCCAAGUGAUUUCUUCCAAAGCACAGGCAACUAACUCUGUUAAGGCUGGUCUGUUCUAACUGAGAUGACAGUCAUGUCCCUUUCCAGGGACCUCAAGGACGACUUUCACAGUGACACAGUGCUCUCCAUCUUAAAUGAGCAGCGUAUUCGGGGCAUUUUAUGUGAUGUCACUAUCAUUGUGGAAGACACCAAAUUUAAAGCCCAUAGCAAUGUCCUGGCUGCUUCAAGCCUGUAUUUCAAGAAUAUCUUUUGGAGCCAUACAAUCUGUAUCUCCAGCCAUGUCCUGGAGCUGGAUGAUCUCAAAGCUGAAGUGUUUACAGAAAUACUUAAUUAUAUCUACAGCUCCACAGUUGUUGUCAAGAGACAGGAAACAGUCACUGAUCUUGCAGCUGCAGGAAAAAAGCUGGGAAUAUCAUUCUUGGAAGAUCUUACUGAUCGUAAUUUCUCAAAUUCCCCAGGUCCCUAUGUAUUUUGCAUUACUGAGAAGGGGGUGGUUAAAGAAGAAAAAAAUGAAAAAAGGCAUGAAGAACCAGCCAUCAAUAAUGGGCCAAGGAUCACAAAUGCAUUUUCCAUCAUUGAAACUGAAAAUAGUAAUAACAUGUUUUCUCCACUGGACUUGAGAGCAAGUUUCAAAAAGGUCUCUGACUCCAUGAGAACAGCUAGCCUUUGCCUAGACAGGUCUGACGUCUGCCACGAGGCAGAGCCUGUGCGCACACUUGCAGAGCACUCAUAUGCUGUUUCUUCCAUAACCGAGGCAUACAGAAGUCAGCCUGCACACGAACACGAUAACAGUUCACCUGCUAAAACAGGUAAAGAAAAUUGUGAAACUCUUGCGAAACCGAAAACAUGCCGAAAGCCAAAGACAUUCUCUAUACCCCAGGAUUCUGAUUCAACUACAGAAAAUAUACCGCCCCCUCCAGUAACCAACUUAGAGGUUAAUCAAGAAAGAAGUCCACAGCCAGCUGCAAUUCUUUCUCAUUCAGAAUCUCCCAGCAAUGAAGGAGACGUCCGUUUUUCCAGGGAAGAUGAAAACCAACCUUCUGAUGUUUCUGGGCCGCCAGCAGCAGAGAUUCCACCUCUUGUGUACAAUUGUAGCUGUUGUUCCAAAUCCUUUGACAGCAGCACUCUGCUCAGUGCCCACAUGCAGCUUCACAAGCCAACCCAGGAGCCUUUAGUGUGCAAAUAUUGUAACAAACAGUUCACCACCCUGAACAGAUUGGAUAGGCAUGAGCAGAUCUGUAUGAGGUCAAGCCACAUGCCCAUUCCUGGAGGAAACCAACGCUUUUUAGAAAACUAUCCUACCAUUGGACAAAAUGGAGGUUCAUUCACAAGUCCAGAACCUUUAUUAUCUGAAAAUAAGGUUGGUGAAUUUUCCAGUACUGGAAGUACCUUGCCAGAUACAGAUCACUUGGUUAAAUUUGUUAAUGGGCAAAUGCUCUAUGGUUGCGUUGUGUGCAAACGUAGUUAUGUGACUUUAUCCAGCCUCCGAAGACAUGCAAAUGUACACUCAUGGAGAAGAACAUAUCCUUGUCAUUACUGCAAUAAAGUAUUUGCAUUGGCUGAGUACAGGACAAGACAUGAAAUUUGGCAUACGGGAGAAAGGCGGUAUCAAUGCAUUUUCUGUCUUGAAACUUUCAUGACCUACUAUAUACUCAAAAAUCAUCAGAAGUCUUUCCAUGCCAUAGAUCAUAGACUUUCCAUCAGUAAAAAAACAGCAAAUGGAGGCUUGAAGCCUAGUGUCUAUCCAUAUAAACUUUAUAGGCUACUGCCUAUGAAAUGCAAGAGAGCUCCUUAUAAGAGCUACCGAAAUUCUUCCCAUGAAAAUGCUCGAGAAAACAGUCAAAUGAAUGAGUCUGCACCUGGUACCUGUGUUCAGAAUCCCCACAGCUCUGAAUUACCUACACUGAAUUUCCAAGAUAGCGUAAACAACUUGACCAGCAGCCCAGCCAUCCCAUUGGAAACAUCUGCAUGUCAGGACAUACCCACUUCAGCCAAUGUACAAAAUGCAGAAGGCACCAAAUGGGGAGAGGAGACAUUGAAAGUUGAUGCUGAAGUGUCAGUUUCUUCCACUGAAAAUGCUGUUGCUUCUGACCUCCAGGCAGGGGAUGCACCUGUUUUGUCUUUGAGUAAUGGCAGCGAGAACUCAGCCUCUGUGAUCAGCUACAGCGGCUCCGUGCCCUCGGUCAUCGUGCACAGCAGCCAGUUUUCGUCAGUGAUAAUGCACAGCAAUGCUGUUGCUGCCACGACCAGCAGCAACCACAGAUCCCCCUCAGACCCAGCUGUCAGUCAGUCCCUGAAAGAUGACGGCAAACCCGAGCCAGAUAAAGUGAGUAGAUUGGUAAGCAGACCCAAAAGCAUCAAGGAGAAAAAGAAAACUAUACCGCCUAGCAGGGGAGAACUACCGGAGGAGUCCAAAUAUGUUGCUGAUCCUGAAGGGUCAGUGAGCAACACCACAAAUAUCGUUGAAGAAAACAGUAAAAUUGAAACCUACAUCGCAAAACCUGCUCUGCCUGGAACCUCCACAAAUAGCAAUGUGGCACCCCUUUGCCAAAUAACAGUGAAAAUUGGGAAUGAAGCCAUUGUGAAAAGGCACAUCCUAGGAUCUAAAUUGUUUUAUAAAAGAGGGAGAAGACCCAAGUAUCAAACGCAGGAGGAGACAGUGCCACCAGAAAAUGACCCAGAACCCAAUGGUGACAGUCCACUUGGGCUGUGCCAGUCCGAGUGUGUGGAGAUGAGUGAGGUAUUUGAUGAUGCGAGUGACCAGGAUUCCACUGACAAGCCAUGGCGCCCUUACUACAACUACAAACCCAAAAAGAAAUCCAGACAGUUGAGAAAGAUGAGGAAAGUCAACUGGAGGAAAGAACACGGGAACAGGAGCCCAAGCAGUAAGUGUAAAUACCCAGCAGAGCUGGACUGUGCCGUGGGGAAAGCUCCUCAGGAUAAGGCCCUGGAGGAAGAAGAAAACAAGGAGAUGCCCAAGCUGCAGUGUGAGCUCUGCGAUGUGGACAAAGCUCUGGGGGCCGGGAGCCAGGGGAGGCCCCACCGGCAUGUCACUUCCAAGCCUUACGUUUGCGAGCUGUGCGCCAAGCAGUUCCAGAGCCCUUCCACGCUCAAAAUGCACAUGAGGUGUCAUACCGGAGAGAAGCCGUACCAGUGCAAGACCUGCGGACGGUGCUUUUCAGUGCAAGGAAACUUACAGAAACACGAACGCAUCCACCUGGGUGUGAAGGAGUUCAUCUGUCAGUACUGCAGCAAGGCGUUCACAUUGAACGAGACCCUCAAAAUCCACGAGAGAAUCCAUACUGGCGAAAAGCGUUACCACUGUCAGUUCUGCUUUCAGAGUUUUUUGUAUCUCUCCACAAAAAGGAAUCAUGAGCAGAGGCAUAUCCUGCAGCAUAACGGAAAAGGCUUUGCCUGCUUCCAGUGCCCCAAAAUUUGCAAAACAGCUGCUGCCCUUGGAAUGCACCAAAAGAAACACUUAUUCAAAAUCCCAGGUCAGCAGGAGAAGAUAGGUGGUAACAUGUGCCAUGAAAACUCAGAUCCCUUGGAGAAUCAACAUUUCGUUGAUUCGGAAGUCAAUGACCAAAAUGAUAAUGUACAGACCACUGCAGAAAAUGUCCUUUGAGUGGCAGUAGUUAGAAAAAUCCUCAAGAAUAUAAGUUGGUGGUGGUUUUUUUUUUAUUUCUAGGUUUGUUUGUUUUGUUCACAUAACAGUCAUGAAGGAGUGAAAUGUUAAAAAAAAAAAAAAAUCUCAUUUGUGAAAAUUCCACAAAAAGAAUCCUAAUAUCUACUUUGGGUUUUAGCAUUAACUUUAUGCAAAGUGCACAAAAACAGAAUAGCUGGAUCCUCCAAUAUCCCAAGUAUCUUGUGAAAGUUAAUGAAGUUCUUAGUUGUGGUAUUUCUACCAGUGAAAAAAGAGUUUAAUUUUAGCCUAAAUUAAAACUUUCUGGUAAAUGCUAAUAGGAACUGGCUGCUGAACUGUCUUUAGUCACUGGAGAAAAUAGGGUCAGAUAUCAUGAAGAUGGCAUCUUCGUAAAUAUGCUAAAUGGUAAAUGAGCUAUGACAGUUUUAAUUCCCGUCUGGCUUCUGUACUUUUAAAAUUUCUUUAAAUUAAUGGAUGCAUAUGAGACACGUAAGGAUAUAACUGAAAAUAUGUGUGUAAUGAGUAACCUAAAGUAGGACAUUCAUACAUUCUCUAGAACUCCUUUUCUGCAACACAAAUCUUGUAAAAUACCUAUAUAAAUCAAUAACUUUUAACUGUCCAUAUCCCCUGUAGAGAAUUACGAUGAGCAAUCGAUCUGCAAAUAAUGAGGACUGAUGUAAAAAUCAGUAGAAAGCAUUUUGAGUAUGACUUAAGAGUAUGUGUAUGCUUUUAGAUGGAAUGCUGUUCUCUUGCAGUUAUGGCUAAGCUGUUAUGAGAACUGGUCUAUUCAAGCAAGUCCCAGAGAACAUAGGUCAUGCCUUAUCUAUGGGGGAAAGUCUUCUCAGAAUUUUCCUGUGGUUACCUGUGCCGUACAUUACUUUGCAAUGGCCUCAUCUCAGAGAAUGAGGAAGGGUCAGAUUCUUCUGAAACUCUCUGCAGUCUUCCAGCCAUCACAAGGCCAUGGAUGUGGGCGUCCAUGCCAGACAGACUUAAGGGUUAAAGUAAAACCUGACAUCUCCCAUUCCACUGAAGGAGUGUCCAGGAGACUUAGCACAUGGCACACAUGUGGUGGUGAAUUCCCAGGCAACUGAAAGUGACAGAAAGCCUAAUCUCUGCCAUCACUAGCCUUCCUGGAGAUUAUGCGACUCAUAAUCACACUAGCAUAAAACAAAAGGACAAAAGAACCCCACCCCCACCCCACCCAUUAAUGACUUGAGCAGGAGCGAGGAAGCGAUGACCUUCCUUGCCUCAAACAGUAGUUUUGUUUUGGGAGAGUGGGGAAGUAGAAUGUGGAGUGACAAGGUUUUAUCCCUUACUUAUACGACUCAAAUAUAUCCACAAAACAUGAUGCUUUGUUUUCGUAUUCACAGACUUCUAGUCCCCUUGCUAAAAACCCACUCCAGUUUUUUAAUAUUCUUUUACACUGACACACACGAUCAACAUUGCCCUCGAAAUCUAAUUGCCCUACAGGAUAUUCCGUCAUGUGGACUAGGUUCCUGGAAAGCUGGAACUUGUGAUUCUUACUUUUUAAACUGCCAGAAUAAGAGGGGGAGAGAAAACAUUCCUGCCCUUUGAUCACCAGUAUGAGCAGAAUCCAGAACCCAGUUUAAGAGGGACCUGUGGUCAUUCAUGUUCAUUGGAUGUGAUAGAUGGAAACAAGGUUAUCCAAGGUUGGAAGAUUAUCAUUAUGAAGAAGUAGCUCAAAGGACUCUGGUUUCCCUCUGCAAGUGUUGUGAUGUCUCCAUGAAGAAGACUUCGUAUGGAUUUGGGUGGGCAAGAAAGCGUUUAAACACCCAGAAAAGGACGUGAUUAAAGUUGACCUUUUUAUACUGUAGUACUCUACUGUUAAGUAACCCCAAUAUUGUAUCUGCAUUUAUCUUUUGUUCAUCUACUUUCAUUUACAUACAGUAUUAUAUAAUAGAGGAAAAUGGGAAAAUGCAAGCGAAUUCAACUUUAUUUUAUACAUUGUAUAUAUGUAUACCUGCACUAUUCAUUUGGGUUUUGUUAAAGACAUAGUCACAAAGGGCUUAUGAAAAUCAUUUUUAAUUGAUAAUUAGAAUAUUGAAUAAGCAAUCCUGUGAUCCACUAAUUUGUUUUAUCUCAGGAUUAUGAGUCAAGAAGAAUUACUAUGUAUUCUAGUCAUUUUGAUUUGAGAUAACUCCAAAUAUAAAAUUAUUACAUGUAGUGACGUCUCCUGACCUUUACAUGUGGAUAUUUUUUAAGUGGACUUGUAUGCUAAUGAUUCUAGACCAAAGUAAAUAUGGCAGAAUAUUUAUACAUGAAAAAAUAAUUUUGCAGAUAUUUUCUAUAAGUGUAUUAUUCGUUUAAAAUGUUGAUAGCUUGUGUUAGUUUCAGGGAGGGGUGUAUAUUUUGAUAAAAAAAAUACUUGACUUUGUAAUUCUGUAUAUUCUAUACAAUUUAUAGCAGAGCCGUUUUAAGACAGCCUUGUCACAUUUUUUGUUAAUUGUGAAAAUUUUAUUAUGAGUGAUGUUUAAGUAUGCAUUGAGUACAUAACGACCAACUGCAAUUAAAGUGUAAACAGUGAACAUCUGUAUGCUGUACAAGAUAUAUUGUAAUUUGCUGUUUUAGCAUCUGUAUUUUGGUUAGAAGAUAUUAUUAAAUGCAGAUGUUAAGGGUUGGAAAAGUCUAAUUUUAUUUUUAGAAAUAAUGAAUAUAAAUUUGUUUUUGCUUGAUUAAAAUAGCUUAUUCCUACGUUAAGUCUCUUUUUAAAUGUUUUACUGUUAACUAUUUUGUGCAGCUAUUUCAUCUAUGUGAGUCACAGCUUUGUUUCACAUAUUAUUCAUUCAAUAUGUUUCUGUUUCCUUGUUUACAUUCCGUGGUACCUACUUACAUACUAAGGACUCAAUUGGACUAUAACAUUACAAAAAAGAAAAAAAACAGAAUAAGAGAGAUUGAAGUCUUCUGAUAAUUGAGUGUUUUAGAUAGACCUGAUUCUUUAAUGCUAACUCUCUUAGAAAUAUUCUCCUCUAUGCAUCCACAGGAAACAAAUUACAUUUAUUGAGUACCAGAUAUUUGGCAGCCUUCUUUACGUGGGCUAUUUCAUUAACCUCUCCUCUCCCCACCUCCAGAAAGUAGACCUCAUUAUCUACAAGUUACAGUGACUUCGAGAAGAUCCUAGACAGCUAGACAGAGCCAGGAUACCAUCCCAGGUUUGCCUGACUCCAAAGUCAAGUGUUUUUGUCCUACACACCUUAGAGGAAAACACUUAAAAACUGUUCAAGAGACAUGGACAAAGUAAUGCAGCUUCAGGGUGGUAGUUGUUAUGACUGCUGUGGAGUGGGCUUACAGGAGAUUAUGCUAGGCCCAGCUUCACCUGACUCGGGCUUCUCUUAUAUCUCAGGCUAUUGCCCUAUAAAAUCAGAUUUUAAGAGUUUGUAUACUUUUUUUAGGAUAUGGAGUGAAAUUAUAAUUUAAUGCUACUAUAAGCUAGUAAUUUUUCACAUAAAGAAAAAAAUCUGUUCCAUUGUCUCAGACUGCACUCUUAACCUUAGCUAAUCAUCUUGCAAAUGUAUGCAACCAAGUCACGAUGUGAACCUUGAAAGGGGGUGCCGGUGGCUCAGGCAGGACAGUCCGUCGCCAACACAGGGAAAAUAACUCAAAUUUCCAGGCCUACCAGUAACUGGCAAGUAAUAUCAAUUUUGUAUUUGAAGGGCAAUCCAAACUAUGUUCACCAAAAAUUUGAUAACUGUUAUCUGUUAAAACUAACUUCAUCUAGCAAAACGACAGAUUUAAUAUUGAAAGAAUUUGUAACAAUUGAGAAAGUAACUGAAUUAAAAGCAUAAAAACGAAU